AUGGCACACAUAAACCAAAUCUCAACCACUCACUCAUCAUCUUCUUCUUCUUCUUCAACCCCCAGAGGGCGAGAGAUGAAGGACUCAACCCAACUGCACUCUUCUACAAAGUCCAUUUUCAGAGACAACAAUGGCAGAUCUUCAACCAGUUUCAAGAAGAGUUUCAGUUCUGAUGAGUUCGUUGACAAGAGAACCGGUCGUUUAGGGGUCAAGGAGGAGACCACUUAUUGUCGUACGGACAAAUACGACAACAAGAAUGAAGGUGAUGACGAUGGACUUGAUGAUGGUGCUGAUGACGAUGAUGAUGAUGCUGAGGAUGAUGAUGAUGGUUGUGAUGAUGGUGAUGAAGAUAAUGAUGAUAGUGAUGACGAUGGACUUGAUGAUGCUGUUGAUGACGAUGAUGAUGGUGAUGUAAAUAUGGAUAUACUAUCUAUUAUGAUUGGAUGA